AUGCCUUACGUCGGCAACCCUCCCACUGCUACGGAGAACAAGGUCUCCCAGAUCCUCGACAUCAUCUCAGCAUAUCGUCACCGCUCCGCCACUGUCGCCGAUCGGUUUUCCGAAUUCGCACCAGAGCUCGAGAAACAACUCACCGAGACUGUCGCCAAGGGAGAGGCAGUCAAGUUCAUUCUUCCGGCCUUCCCCUUCAAGGCCCCCGCUGAGGGAGACAAGCGCAAGACUCUGGGCUCUUUGCCGGACAAGGCUGAGGAGAUCGCCUUGCAAACCCUCGAUGGAUUUGCCGACUCCAUCGCCGAGAUCUACGAGGGUGGCGCCACAGUCGUACUUGUUUCAGACGCGUCCGUAUACGGAGACCUUUUGAAGAUCCCCGACGCCGACGCUUUUGCCUACCACCAGGAGUUGAAGAAGCUCGCCUUGUCUCUUGGUCUCUCUCACCUCGAAUUCGUGCGCCCUGGUACCCUUGCCGGCAUUGCUCCCGAGGAGGCGAAGACACUCGAGGAAUACUCUGAGCACGUCUCCAAGACCCGCACCCUUCUCGAUGGUAGCCUCGCUCAGACCGUUGACCCCAACGAAGAUGAGAAUGUGAAAGCAACAAGCAAGCACUAUGAUACGGCACUGCCUCAGACCGAGGACCCUGAGGCUUUCAAGGCCGCGAUGCUCAAGCGUGGAAAGGCUUAUGCUAAGUUGAUUGCCUCAUCUGCCGAGUCGACCAUCCGCCUGUCCAUCCACGAGUCGAACAAUGUCGGCAAGAUCACUCUUGAUCUUUUCCCCCCUGCGACCAACCCUGACUUCAUCACUCCUUGGCACGGCGCCGUCGCGGUCCUCGCCGAUGCCAGCGUGCGCAUUGUCGAUGCCUCCACCGUCGACAUGACUAAGUUCGAAGUCAUCACGAACGCCGCGGGUCGCCCCUGGCUACUUCGCGAGAAGUCCGAUCUCUUCGACUGGUUCGGCAUGGAGCUCGACUUCGAGCCUCUUUUCCCCUGCGGUAUGGUUGUCCGCCCCCGGGACGGCUACGGCCCCUACAGGUUCGAGGAUGUCGACAUGAAGCGCGUGCGCCGGCUCGCACUGUCGACCGCGCCGCUCCUUCUGCGCGGCUUCACCAUGGAGAUUGAGAAGGAAGUCUUCCGCAGCAAGGCCCGCGAGCUGGGUGAAAUCCAGAUGUGGCCCUUCGGCGACAUCCUGGAGGUCCGCGAGAACGCCGACUUCAACAUGAACAACGUGCUCACCCGUGAAGCCAUGCCCUUCCACUACGACGGCGUCUUCAAGACCGUUCAGGACGAGAAAACAGGCGAGUGGAUCUCCGUCCCGCCCCUCUUCCAGAUGUUCCGCAACCGUGCCGCCUCCCAGUCUAAGGGUGGAUUGACCCUGUUCGCCUCCUCGCGCAAUCUCGUCCCCCUUCUCGGCCCGGACACCAUUCCUCUUGAGGAGCUUCGCAAGCUCAAGUGGAAGACCUUCACCGCUGUCAACGAGGCCUUCGGCGGCCACGAGCUUCUCCUGCCGUUCAUCAUCGACCACCCAGAGUCCCACGUUCCCACCCUCCGAUUCCACGAGCCCUGGCCCGAGAGCAAGUGUAUCGCUGGUAGCAGUGAGCCGACGAUCGUGCAGGUGGUGGGCUGGCCUGCGGCCGAGAGUGACGCGCUCUGCGAGAAGCUCACCCGACUCCUUUACGACCGCCGCGUGGUCUACCGACACCAGUGGAAGGCCGGAGAUUUCAUCUUCAACGACAACGCCAUGACCCACCACACUCGCACGGCUUUCGACGAAGGCCACCGCGAGCACUGGCGUGUGCAUGUGUCUUAAAAACUGUUAUGCUCUUUCUUAGCGAUCAUUGUGUUUGUCUAGUCUUUGAGAGAUGAGUAGAAUGAAUAGAAAAUCGAACUUGUCGUUAUUUAGUGUCUGCUUUCUUGCCGGUUGACUAUAGAAUGCAUACCUUCGGAAAGGACUUGCUUUGGCUAAUAAGAUCUUCUGUCUCCC